CGACCUUAGCAGGACGGUAGAUGGUUUUGCGCAACAGCUAGCGCCUCGCGCUUCACACUCGGUACUUUCGGCAAAUCUCCGUCAGCGCAACUCCUACGAUUGCGGCAUCUUUAGCUUCGUGCGUGCUGUGAUGCAUAUGCACCAGCUGCCUUGUCCCCCGAGCAUAAUUCCGGAAGUCUGGCGUCGAGCCUUGAUUCUAUGUCUCAUCGGGCCAGGGCCAGCUAGUACCUUAUCCGAAGCAUUCAUGCCCGAGAACAUCUUUCAACGACUCCGAAAAGCCUUGAACAUCCAAUGCACUGUUGUUCGGUACCCAGAAGAGCGCUUUGUACUGGACAUACCCUGCGAAAUGGACAACCUAAAAUGGCUACGCGAGUCCUUGCUGCUGUUACAAGCAGAAUGUCAAGGCAUCCUCGACCUCUUUGCUAAGCGCUAUGACUCGAAGGCUGUGAUCGAUUGGCACAGACGGCAGAAGAGUGAAAUCCCUGAUCACUUCAACCGGCAGACUAAGGAUGAGCAUAUUAGGGAUCUCGACCGGAAAAUUGCGGAGAAUGAGAGGGUGCGCAGCAUUGUGGCUCCCUACGAGCAGAAUUUCAAUGCCGCGCAGCAGGCUCUCGAAGAUGACAAGCGAAAAUAUCAGAGAUGGGCUAAUAAGGUGGCUAGGACUGAACGUGAAUUGUGGGAUCGAAAAAUUGCUGCGCUCAAAGCUUCUCUACAGGCAGCGGAAGCCUCGAGGGCGGCAAUAAUGGUAUAGAUCUCUCGCUGUAGCAAUCACGGGAUGCACCUCAG